UCAAUCCCCACAAUGUCCUGCCGGACACACACCACGUUAGAACGUGAAAGAGACACAUAUAGAGAGAGAGAUGUGUGUGUGUGUGUGUGUGUCAUUUGAGCAACCUGGUGAAAUGGGUUCACUCUGACACCGGUUUUGUUCUCAUCCUCGCGUCCGUCGAUCGAAAUCAUGACGGUCUCACCCUCGCGAGUGGCCCUCUCCCUCACAAUGAUCGAACCUACAUGACCACACACGAGGAUAGCAUAGCAACCAUGAUGUGUGUGAGGGCAUGUGAGUGAGUGAGCAGCGCACCGGCGACGAGCCCUCUGGUGGACGAGAGGAUCCUGAGCUGGUGUCUUGGUACCCUCAGGAGUCGUGUGAUGUCCCUUAUGGCUCUGUCGCUGUGCGUCUGGUUGGUGUACAGAUGCACGUCACCAUAGAACACCUCACCUGCCACCACACACACACGACAGACACCCGACAGACACACGACAGACACACGUGCUGUGUCUCUGUCACUUUCUUCUGUCAGUCGUGCACUGCUCACUCACGGAGCGUCGCUGAUGUGUGGCUGGUGUGCAGCUGGUAGAUAGAUCGCAUCGUGGCCGUCAGCUGGGCGGCCUUCCUGCAUCCGUCCGGCUGUGAGGAGUGAGCCGACAGCUUGCCCUCCAGCGAUGAAGAGUCAAUGCUGCUGUCGUCGUGUGCUGGUGACUCAUCAUCGUGUGCGAGGUGGGUGGCGAGUGACUGGCUGGCCUCUGUGAUGUUGGGGUGGCUGGGCAGCGGCUGUGUCUCGUCCUUGACGACACAGCGGAUGAGUGACAGCACUGCAUCCUCGAGCAUCGAGUCAACCUGUCGCUCCUCCAU